AUGUCACAAAUUGCGGACCUAAAAGGCUUCGUUAGCUACGCCCUCGAUUGCACCCGGUUUCGCCUGGUGCGGGACGAAGCGGAUGUGGAAAAUGAGGAGCUGGUUUUCGCACCGGAGAUGGCGCAUCAAAUAUUCGGUGAAUCGGAGAGCAUCUUUGGCUACCGGGAUUUGAAAAUCGAAAUCAUGGCCUCGGCGGGCCCACUGGAUCUGUACUUCGAUAUUAGCUACACGAAGAAGGUUGAAGAGCUGCAUACGGAGGGUUUAAAGGCGGAUGAUGUGGAAAAGUCACUAGCGGAUAUGGUGGAGAACGGUAGUUAUUACACUAAUUUGGACGAAUUCAAGCGCAUCCAUGCGUCCAAAACUCCAGCGUUCCGACCGCUAGGCACGAAGGUGGAUGAGUUUACCUAUCCGCUGGACGGUCGGGAUACAGGAACGCGCACAUUUGAGGUGUACGUUUCCUCAGCGGAAAAUGCUGAAUAUAUGAAAUUUCACACACGCUUGGAAAUGUUCUCAUUCUGGUACAUCGAUGGAUUUAGCCGAGUCGAGAUUGAUCCAUUGUGGUUGUUUUUCACCGUGUACGAGCGGUACGGAGCAGACAACAACAAUGAAUCAGCGACGGAUGACUCCGCGAACGUAAGAUACGCCACCGUUGGGUACGUGAGCGUGUAUCAGUACUACUCCUAUCCGAAGAACGUACGGCCAAGGGUUAGCCAGAUUUUAAUACUGCCACCAUUCCAGAAGCUGGGCAUUGCGACGCGAUUGAUCAAGCAUACAACUUACGAGUACUUCCGGAAGAAGGAAAACAUUACGGACAUCACCUUCGAGGAACCAAUAGAAGCAAUCCAGCACAUACGGUCAGUGGUGGAUGCUAUUCGCUGCAAAGAGUUGCCCGCCUUCGCGCCCGACAAGCUGCUGGCCGGAUUCUCGAAGGAUAUGCUACAUCAGGCGCGUGAAACCUACCUCAUCAAUCCGAAGCAGUGCCGUGUGGUGUACGAGAUAUUGCGGCUUGGCGUUACUGAUACGGAUAACGCCGAACAGUAUCGUGCGUACCGAAUCGAGGUAAAGAAGCGUCUCAACAUGAACUACAGCCGUCAUCGGCGUGAUCUGGCCCGUGCAAAGAAGCGCGGCGUGGAUGUGACGGCCGCAAUGUGCGGAUUGCCGAGCGUUUCCGAACGAAUUGAAUCGCUGAACGCGGAAUACAAGGCAGUGGAAGAGAUUUACGGACAGGUUUUGCAGAAGCUUUUGGCAAAGGCAUAA